AUGUUCCGAAUCUUCAAUGUGAUGACUACAGACAUACAGGAUAGUUUGCAACAGGCUUUGUGGGCUUUGGAAUAUAAGAAGUUUGAUUAUUUGUCUGAGACGCUGAACGAAUGUAGUGACAAAUUGAAGGAACGUAAUAAACUGAUACGUAUUGCUGAUACUUCAGAAGGCGGUUGGGGAACAGUGUGCGAAUAUCAGGUUAACCCGCUUGCAAGCGACACGGAUGACGAGUCGCGUAUUUUCAAGGCGGAGGCUCGUGCUUUACGGAAGAAGAAAGUCUCGCGGAAUAAACCAGGGAAGAUCCGGUCUUCAAUGGGGGUGUCUAGUUCAGUUGGCAGUGGCGGUGGUGUUUCUAAUUCUCAGUGGGGAGGCUCCGUUGCGGUCCAUUCUGGGAAUAGAAUGGUAUUACAACAGGCUUCAAGGCGUUCGCCCUUUCGUGGUCAGUCCGGCCCUUAUUUCCGACAAGGGUCAAGUUUUGGCGGAGCCUGUUUCUCGUGUGGAGAAUUUUCACAUUUCCGAAAAGAUGCCCCUACUCAAGUCGAGUUAAACCCGACCAGUUCAGUGGGUCCAAGUGAGACGACAAAGAAAGCGGAAUGUUCUACACAGACUAAAGAAUUGACGGAUUUGUUUUUUCAGAGUUAUGCAGAGCAAAUAGACGAGCUACCAGAAGUAUUGGUGGACAAGGUGGACUUACUCCCGGAGUUACUUAAUAGUAAUCAAAGGAUUAUUUGUGCAUAUCUAUUGUCUUAUGCUGGGUUUCUAAGAAGUGAAGAGCUACUUCAUUUGCGACUUUCUGAUAUUGUGAUAGACAGUACUCAUAUGAGUUUGUUUAUAGAAUCGAGUAAAACUGAUAAGUAUCGUGAUGGUGCUUGGGUGCUGAUUGCUAGAACUGGUACCAAGUUGUGUCCAGUUGUUAAUAUUGAACCUUUUUUAACAUGGACAGCAAUGAGAGAUAUUGAGGAUAGAUAUCUUUUUUGUUGUUUUAGUGCUUUAAAAGAUGGAUAUAAACUCAGAAAUGUUGAGAAACCCAUCUCAUAUACUACUUUAAGGGAAUUGUUUCUUGAAGCUCUUGAAGUUCAGUCGGUCAGGCCUAGCGCUUAUAUCAAUAAAUAAUUCAAUAUUUA